AUGGACGAUGGCGAAGAAAUCAAGCUCGAGCCACGACAUGCAUUCGACAAGCCUAACAUGCGAAAGAGUAUGAAACAACUGGCGAAAUUCCUAGACGGGAACGAGAGCGAUACAUAUUGGAAUAACCUCCUUCCAUUUCUCAGAGGCUUAGUUUCAGCCCAACUGAAACUACCUGGCAUAUAUGCCUCCAAACUCACCCGAAAAGCGUGCGAGGUGGGCAAAGAACAAAUUAUCAUCAGCGCCGUGGCGAAGCCGAAGGAAAUGGGCAUUUCGUUGCGACAGCACGAUGUAGCACGAGAGCUGAUGUUGGGUCUUCACAACCACGCAGUCCUUGCAGGGUUCGAGGGUCCUGAGCUUGAAACAAUUUCACGACGAGCCGAACAUGUGGCAAGAAUGGUAGAAGAUCAGCUACACACUGGCGACAAGCUCAGAGACGGCGAGUGUGAUGCGCGAAAGGAUCCAGUCGUGUUGGCCGUCUUACUGGAGUUGGCCGCCGAGAAGGCAAUACACAAACACGAGGGCACAGACAAGGACGGUCAGGUCGCCAGCUAUGCAACCAGGCUCCUUCACCUAGAGGGUAGAACGCCGAAGCCCGAUAUCGAAAGUUUAUCGGCCGACGAGCAAAACCACGCAUUGGUGCAGUUGAUACCCAUCCAGAAUUCGAUAAUGUGGGCGUCGAAGGUCGACUCCAUUAAGAACUCCCAGCUAGGGGAUCAGUUGGACACCGAAUUGAGGGGCCUGACGAAAACAAUGGACAGUUUGGCGCGCAAGGUUCGUGCUGCGGUCGGCGACAAGCCUAGAAGAGGCCUAAAGAUGUACGAUCAGCUCAGUGGGCAGCCCACGAAUGCUGCGAGGUCAAUCCCCAGUGCCUCACCUGCUGACGUUGGAAAAGAGGAUGAACAACCAUGA